AAUCCAUUUUAAAUAAAAAAAUAACCAAAACGUCAAAACUGACAGCUGUCAUAAAAACGCAACACAAAAACUUUCGACUAUAAUUCUAUUCUUUAAAAAGAUUGUUUUCGGUCAAAGUGGUAACACGCACAAUGGCGUUACGUCAUUCAAAGGAUGAAAACAAAGAAUGUAUCGCGCUAGACGCACUAAAAGCCUCCACUGGAGUAUAAUGUAAUCACGAAACGGACCCUAAACGUUGUAAAAUGGAAUAUUCGAUAAAUACGCGUCCGCUACUUCAAGACAGCGAUACAGAAAACGAAGAUAUUAUUACUCAAAGUUACGAGGAAACUUCUGUUUCUGUUCAAAAUGAUAAACCGUUGUUUAAACCACCCGAACCAAAGGAUAAGUAUCAUAUGGCUUAUAUCAUUUUUUAUAUAUUAGGAAUAACUACUUUAUUACCAUGGAAUUUUUUUAUUACUGCUGAUGAUUAUUGGAUGUAUAAAUUUAGAGACACCACAGCUAAUUUGAGUAGUAGUUAUGAUAAAAGAACGCCAUUGCAAGCCGAAUUUACUUCUUAUUUAAGUCUUGCUUCUUCUGUCCCUAAUAUUUUAUUUCUUGUUCUUAAUACAGCUUUAAAUCAUAAAGUUUCUGUCCAAAAAAGAGUUAUUGGAUCAUUAAUUGUUAUGUUAAUUUUAUUUAUUGUAACUACUGUUUUUGUUAAUAUUGACACUGAUAAAUAUCAAGAUAAAUUUUUUAUUAUUACAAUAACAUGCGUGGUUCUUUUAAAUAUAAGUAGUGCAAUAUUAUCAGGAAGUAUUUUUGGAAUUAUGGGUAAAUUUUCGCCCAAAUACAUAACUGCAACAAUUGGGGGACAAGCCCUUGGUGGAAUAUUUGCAGCUAUAGCUCAAAUAAUCUCUUUAACUCUUGGAGUAUCCUCAGUACACAGCGCAUUUGUGUAUUUUAUGGUGGGAAACACCAUGAUUUUUAUAACAUUGAUCUCAUACGUAAUUUUAUCAAAAACUGUCUUUUUUAAAUAUCACAUUUCUGAAAAAACUGGAAUAACUCUUAAUGAAUUCCAAAAUGAACUGGUUCGACCCAGAAUUGUUGAUCACAAAUUAAUUUUAAAGAAAAUAUUUCCAUAUGGGACAAGUGUGUUUCUAGUCUUUUUAAUUAGUUUAUCUUGUUAUCCUGGAUUAACUGUUUUAAUUGAAUCGCAAAAUCAUGGGAAUGGGGAUCCGUGGGCUGAUGUUUAUUUUGUACCUGUAAUUGCUUAUUUAUUAUUUAGUACAGGGGAUUACAUUGGAAGACUUUUAGCAGGAAAAAUCCAAAAGCCAAGACGUGGAAUUUGGAUUGUUUUAUUAACAGUAUUAAGAAUUGUAUUCAUUCCACUUUUAAUUUUUUCAAAUGCUCAACCAAGGGAGCACCUUCCAGUACUUUUCCAUAAAGAUUAUGAGUACAUAAUGAUCCUUUUUGUGUUCGCUUUAACCAACGGAUAUUUGGCAAAUCUUUCUCUUAUUUGUGCACCAAGAGUUGUUGAUCAUCAUGAAAAAGAAACUGCAUCAUCUAUGAUGACCGUUUUCUUAGGAAUUGGAUUAGCCAUCGGAGCAGCUAUUAGUUUAUUGAUAGUAAAAGUUAUUUAAUGAAAUCAAAAAGAUCUAUAGUAUUUAUUAAAUCUCGUCUAUGUGGUUUAAUCUUAAUUA